AUCGAGCCCCCUCUGCACAGUGGCACCAGCCUGACACUUUUUCACUCACUUCUCCCCGGAAACCUUUUCAAAUCGGCAGCCGGGCUGAUAAGAAUUUGCUGGCGCAGGGGAUUGGGUUUCAGAAUAGCUUUUUUCUCAAGUCACGUUGCCUCACAACCCACAACACGAAGACGACCAAUAGUCUCAAAGGCACGUCCACCUGCUGCUAUAAAGCCGGCUGCAGAACUAGGGGCGUCUUCAUUCUUAAGCCAAGUGAUCCGUGGAUCUUGCGUCGCGUCAUUUCACCCACUCAAACUUUGGACAAUGCUGCGAGUCAGGUGUCUGAGAGGAGGUAGCAGAGGGGCCGAGGCUGCCCAUCUGAUUGGAGCCAUGCUUGGCCGGGCAGUGACCGGCUGGGUGCAGAGGCUGUCCCAGAGCACAUCAAGUGCUGCAGCUGCAGUUGAAGAGGAACGUGUUACUGGGGCCGUGCAGCAGGAUGAGUGCCCGGUCUGCUGCUACAAUGAAUGGGACCCUCUGGAGGAGGUGAUCGUGGGUCGUGCUGAAGAUGCCCACGUGCCUCCCUUCACGGUGGAAGUGAAAGCCAACACCUAUGAGACGAACUGGCCCUUCUUCCAGAAGUACGGGGGCCAGUCUUUUCCUGUGGACCACUUAAAAAAAGCUGUUGCUGAGGUUGAAGAAAUGUGCAAUAUCCUCCGUCAUGAGGGCGUCAGCGUGCGGAGGCCGGAGCCCAUCGACUGGUCUAUGGAGUACAAGACUCCCGACUUCACAUCUACUGGCCUGUACUCAGCCAUGCCCAGGGACAUCCUCUUGGUUGUUGGGAAUGAGAUCAUUGAGGCUCCGAUGGCCUGGAGAUCCCGCUUCUUUGAGUACAGGGCCUACAGACCUCUGAUCAAGGAAUACUUCAGAAAAGGUGCUAAAUGGACCACAGCUCCCAAACCGACCAUGGCCGACGAGCUGUACGACCAGAAAUAUCCCAUACGCACCGUGGAGGACAGACACAAGCUGGCCGCCCAGGGGAAGUUUGUGACCACGGAGCACGAGCCGUGCUUCGACGCUGCUGAUUUUAUCCGAGCUGGAAAGGACAUCUUUGUCCAGAGGAGUCAGGUUACAAAUUAUAUGGGAAUUGAAUGGAUGCGUCGCCAUCUGGCCCCAGAUUACAAGAUCCACAUCAUCUCAUUCAAGGAUCCUAAUCCCAUGCACAUUGAUGCCACUUUCAACAUCAUUGGGCCUGGACUGGUUCUGUCAAACCCUGAUCGCCCGUGUCACCAGAUUGAAAUGUUCAAGAAGGCUGGCUGGACUGUGGUGAAACCUCCAACACCUCUGAUUCCUGAUGACCACCCUCUGUGGAUGUCCUCCAAGUGGCUCUCCAUGAAUGUCCUGAUGUUGGAUGAGAAGCGUGUGAUGGUUGAAGAGAAGGAAACCACCAUUCAGAAAAUGUUUGAGAAUCUUGGUAUCGAGACCAUAAAGGUGAGCAUUCGUCAUGCCAACUCACUGGGUGGUGGCUUCCACUGCUGGACAAGCGAUGUCCGCCGCCGUGGUACCCUGCAGUCCUACUUCCACUAGCCUUGCCAGAAACAGGCAGUUUAUAUUGAGCUUUUAAAGAUUGAAGCCUCUGUUCUGAGUCCUAAUCCCACUGUCAGUCAUGUAGGCUACACAUCAAUCGACUGUAGAGACAUUUUACAUAGUGUAUAGUUUACACCACACACUACAGUAACAGCAGCGUAUAAAUAGUAAUAAUAAUAAUGUGGAAAACAAAGUCUUGAGUCACCACUCACGUUUAAUUUCACUUGAUGCAGGAAUGAAUUAUGGCGAAGCGACCUCUAAUGUUAAUCCCUCAUUAUCAUUUGUGGGUGGAGUCAGGAUACUUCAGGAGUCAAAAGGUGAGCAGCAGAGAAGCCUCUUGUUUCUUUCCAAGUAAGUAGCUAACAAAUGCUAAAGCUACAAGAAAGGUCGACUCCUGACUCCAGGUCGACCAUCGAACCUCAGCCCCACUGCCAACUCCCAGCAUAAAAACAAGCACUGUAUUUUUCAGUACUCUCUUAACCCUGUAGGGGGCCAGAAUGGCUCCGUAGUUGUUUUUGUUUUUUUUUGUCCUCUCUCUGUCAUGUAGAAGGUUCUAUGUAGAUUUUAACUGUUCCACCUCAGACAUACUAGCAGGGCGAUGUUUGGUGCUUGGGGAUUUUAACCAGCAACCAUUCAAUAAAAAGC